CUGUGCGACUUUCCGGAUGGAAAUGAGAAAGCUGCAGCAGCACCACCUGAAUGUAUCUGUUUUAUGAGUUAAUUACUUCGUGGGCCACGAUUUAAGUAUCACAUGCAGCUAUCCAGAAACCAGCUGUCACGAGCUACGGGAGUGUAACCUAAUCUAGUAUCUUUAACUGAAGCCUCUGGUCCACGAAUCCGUCCAGCACGUCUAGUGUAACGUUACCGGUUGACGGAUAUUCUGACAGAGUUUGGUGUCACCACCACCGCUUGUUUCUGACGGGGAGAUGAGUUAUGGAUAUGGCGGUGGGGGUGGGAGAGGCAGGAGAGGAGGUCGAGGGUACAGGGAUGGAAGCAAAGAAAGAUGGGACAGGGGAGGUGGAGGAGGCUCGAGAGGACAGAGUUCCGACUUUGACCAGGACCGAGGAGGAGGUGGACAGCGGGACCGUCCUCCUCCACACCUAAAGGGCCGUGAGAUAGGUCUGUGGUACGCAAGAUACGGAGCCGUGAGGAGGAAACAGGCUGACCGGAGAUCGCGGGCAGUGGUCCAGAUGGAUGAAGCCAGAGAGCAGCACAUUACCAAGCUGCUUAACUCGGUCCAAAAUGAUCAGCCAGAUCCAUGGAGAGACGGCAGGGAUGCAAGAGCUUCUACAUCUGGAAACAGGUCGACAUCUGCCAAUAGAGGUGGUCAUUGUUACUUUGAUGGGGAUGAACCUGAAGAGGAUAAACAGAAGAUCGAGGUCAAAUCUGUGGAAGAGGAGGAAACCAUUAGUCCGGGCCAGGAGAAAGCAAUUCACAAAUCUCAACGUUACUUCUCUCCAGCAGUUGCUAAAGAUGAGCCUCCAGACACAUGGGAUGAAGAGGAGCAGCAGGAGGAGGGGAAAGAGAAACUGAGAAAGACAGACAAGGAUCUUGAGUUCUUAUUUCAGGAAGUAGUCAGAGACAGUUCAUUGGAUGACUCCUUAAAGAGAGAUCUGCGGAGCAAGAAAUCAGAUCCAAAGUACAAAGAAAUGUUGAAAUUCAGGGAAAAACUACCAUCUUAUGGGAAAAAAGAGGAGCUGGUGGAGCUGAUCAACUCGAACCGUGUCGUGGUGGUGAGUGGAGAAACGGGGUGUGGAAAGACCACUCAGGUCACCCAAUUCAUCCUAGAUGACUAUAUCAACAGAGGCAUGGGCUCGAUGUGUCGGGUGGUCUGCACGCAGCCUCGUCGCAUCAGUGCCAUCUCAGUAGCAGAGCGUGUAGCAUCAGAGAGGGCAGAAAGUGUGGGGAAUGGAAAUUCUUGUGGUUACCAAAUCCGCCUGCAGAGCCGGUUACCACGGAGACAAGGUUCGGUCCUGUAUUGCACAACAGGCAUUAUUCUUCAGUGGCUUCGCUCAGACCCAUUUUUGUCCAGUAUAAGCCACCUGGUGCUGGACGAGAUCCAUGAGAGGAACCUGCAAUCUGAUGUUUUGCUCGUCAUUGUGAAGGACCUACUCAACCUCCGAGAUGACCUCAAGGUCAUCCUCAUGAGUGCCACGCUCAACGCAGAGAAGUUUUCAAGAUAUUUUGACAAUUGUCCAAUGAUCCACAUCCCUGGUUUGACUUUCCCAGUGGAAGAGUUCCUCCUUGAGGACAUUGUGGAGAUGACCAGGUAUCGUCCCCAGAAUCCGGACCGUCGGCCCUCGUGGAAAAGAGGCUUUUUGCAAGGGCGCAACUCCAGACCUGAGAAGGAGGAGAAAGAGGCUGAAUACAAGGAGAGCUGGCCUUGUUAUGCACGCACACUGCAGGGCAGAUACUCUGACAACACCAUUGAGGUACUAGAGAUGUUGGACAAUGAUGAGAAGAUUGACCUGGAGCUGAUCCUGGCACUGAUUCGCCAUAUUGUGCUUAAGGAUGAGGAAGGAGCAAUCUUGGUCUUCCUGCCUGGCUGGGACAACAUCAGCAGUCUCAAUGACCUGCUCAUGGCUCAGCAGAUGUUCCGAUCAGACCGGUUCGUUAUCAUCCCUUUGCACUCCCUCAUGCCUACCGUUAAUCAGACGCAGGUGUUCAAAAGGCCUCCUCCUGGAGUUAGAAAGAUUGUGAUUGCUACCAAUAUAGCUGAGACCAGCAUCACCAUAGAUGAUGUUGUUUAUGUGAUAGAUGGAGGCAAGAUUAAGGAGACCAACUUUGACACCAACAACAACAUCAGCACUAUGACAGCAGAGUGGGUUAGCCUGGCCAAUGCCAAACAGAGGAAAGGACGUGCCGGCAGAGUGCGUCCAGGGAAGUGCUAUCAUCUGUACAACGGUCUCAGGGCCAGCCUGCUGGAUGCCUAUCAAUUACCUGAAAUCAUGAGGACACCACUGGAGGAGCUCUGCCUGCAGAUCAAGAUACUGAAGCUUGGGUUUAUAGCUCAUUUCCUGGAGAAGGCCCUGGACCCUCCCUCUGAAAAGGCCGUUAACCUGGCCAUCAAGAACCUCAUAGACCUGAACGCCCUGGACCGUGCCGAGAAUCUGACCGCUCUGGGUGUCCACCUGGCUCGUCUGCCUGUGGAGCCUCACAUUGGCAAACUCAUCCUUUUUGGGGCUCUGCUGGGCUGCCUCGACCCAGUACUCACCAUUGCUGCUUCACUCAGCUUCAAAGACCCCUUCUUCAUACCCCUGGGUAAAGAGAAGAUGGCAGACAUGAGAAGAAAGGUCCUUUCUAGAAACUCCAAGAGUGACCACCUCACUAUUGUCAAUGCCUUCCAGGGCUGGGAAGAAGCAAAACAGCGAGGUGCCAGGUAUGAGAGGGAGUACUGCUGGGACAACUUCUUGUCUGCCAAUACACUCCAGAUGCUGCACAACAUGAAGGGUCAGUUUGCUGAGCAUCUAAUGCAUGCAGGCUUUGUCAGCAGCAGGGACCCCAAAGACCCCAAAUCUAACGUCAACUCGGACAAUGAGAAGUUAAUCAAGGCGGUGAUUGUAGCUGGUCUGUACCCAAAGGUGGCCAUGAUCAGACCAUCUCAUAGCAAAAAGAGGCCAGGGGUUAAAGUGUACACCCAGGCUGACGGAAAGGUGUGUAUCCACCCAAAAUCUGUCAAUGCUGAAGAGACAGAGUUCAACUAUACAUGGCUCAUCUACCACCUCAAGAUGAGAACAAGCAGCAUCUUCCUGUACGAUUGCACCGAGGUGUCCCCGUUCUCACUGCUGUUCUUUGGAGGAGACAUCACAAUCCAGAAAGACGAAGACCAGGAGACUAUCGCAGUGGACCAGUGGAUCGUCUUCAGAUCCCCAGCACGCAUCGCUCACCUUGUCAAGAGUUUAAAGAAAGAGUUGGAUUCUCUGCUGGAGGAGAAAAUUCGUAACCCUGCUCCUGUGGACUGGCAAAACCGUCAGUCUAAAGACUGUGCUGUCAUCACAGCCAUCAUAGACCUCAUCACCACCCAGGAGAAGCCUACAGGCAGCACUAAGGGCUAUGGCAGAACAUGGGAGUCUGCCCCAAGAGGACGACACAUGUACUUCAAUGAUGACGAAGACGACGACGAUGAUUAGAAAUGGCCAGGUUUUUUGCUGGCAAUGAAAAGAAGAGCCUCUGACUUCUGACUCUGAAUCCUUGGACACAGAGGUUAGUUGGGGUAUUUACGAUAACCAGCUGGCCUCCUUGAUAGUGCUCCUGAAGGACAAACCCAGGACCCAAGAGCCCUGGAAAAUGUUAUACACUUGAAUGAAUGAUUUUUUUUUUUUGCCUAUUCGAUCAUUAUUUUGCAAGGACCAAUCCAUGUUCAAAUAAACUCCGUCGCUGUUUAGUUUAGUUUGCACAUUACUGGUUUGGAUACAUCUUGCUCUUGUUUGAGCAAUGUCACGUAAUGGACUGUGCAAUAAAAGGAUGUAGCAUGAAACGUCUAGCUCACUGAAAUUCCAAAUGUUACAUGAAUAAAAGUGGAGUAAUUUUAUUUGGUCUAUCUAGCAGAGGUCCCUAGGGAAAAGAGAUGUCAUAUUUGAUCAUUGAGAAUACAUGACAGGCCCCAAGCAAUUAAGCUUUUAUUUAUAGUGGCUGAUUAAAAUAUAAGGUUGAAUAACCAAGUUUCUGCAAUAUAAAUCUGUAUUUUUGGAAAACAUACAUGUUACAGUUCAGGCUGUUUUACAUAUUUACAUGUACAUCGAUGAUUUACAAUAGUUACAGGAAGUGCAGGAAGUGAUUGAAAUAAAGAUCAGUUCAUGCUUGGA